CAGAGGGCGCCCCCUUCCAGAAUUACUCCUACUUGUCUGUGACGUCAUCCCGUUCAGUCACGUGACGAGCGGAUCGCUGCAGAGAGAUCUGCAGCUGGAAAUCGAAACUUUACAUGGGCGAUGUACAGAAACGCCACCGGGCACCAAACCUCCGCGUGUUUUCUCGGUUUUUCUUAAACAUAUCUUCGUUUUAGCUCGGCAAAUAGUUCGCGGUAUUUUUUUUGAGCUCACUCACCACUUGUUUUUAAACUUUGGGUCGGUUCAAUGAACUUCCUCUCUUCCAUCAGCGAGGAACAUGGACCCUACCAGAGAAAAACGCAAGGAGGACAUUAGGAAGGCUCUGGCUUUUAUACAGUCCUCCCUUGCUUACCCAGAUCCAGAAGGCUAUCAGGAUUACCUGACCCAGUUGGUAUGCAACCUGCUGGAGGAGGGAAACGCCUUCUUCAAGGACGGAUUGUGGGAGCAGGCAGCCAGGGAGUUCACCGAGGGCUUGAAUGUGUCGAUCUACGCUGAAUCAGAGGAGAUCCAGAUCCCUGAAGCUUUGCAGGAGAGCCUGUUUGUCAACAGAGCUGCUGCCUACCACAGCAUGGGAAAGUAUGAUAAAGGCAUUGAGGACUGCGACAGCGCGCUGGAGGUGUGUAAGGAAAGCCGCAGAGCUCUGUACAGGAAGGCUCUGUGUCUGAAGGAGCUCAGGAGGUACAGGGAGGCGUACGACUGCACCUCUGAGUGUCUGCUCAGCUGUCCCGAGGACAAGCAGGGGAAGGAGCUCGCUCAGGAGCUGACCGUCCUGUUGGGACUGAAAACCCGUAAGCCGUACGUGAGCACAAAGGCUUCUGUGCAUAAUCGGAAAAAAGGGACUCCGCAGGAAGCCGUUCCACCAGUCAGCCUCUCCAGCAUUCCACAUCCCUCCCUUACUCCAGUCUGCAGCCGUCCCACCGGUUCGGAGCUUCCCGACAGUGUGGCGGUUGCAGAUGAUUCAGAGUUAAUGGAUGAUGACUUAGACCGUCUGCUCGACUCUGUUUCAACACUGCAGGCGUCAUCUGAGGCAGCAUUUUCAUUCCCAGUCAGGACAUCCACCUCCACUCACACACUUCCUCCUGUCCUCCCCGCUCCAACACCCCAGCUACCCCCCGCUUUUUUCAGCUCGGCCAUAAGCCAGCUCAACUCCCUAGACUCCUUCACCAAAGAUGAGAGCAGCUCCUCGGUCGCAGCCCUGGAUCUCCUGGAUGAUCUGGGCGCUUCCAGUGGAGGCGCCUCCUCCGUGCUGCGGGCCCCCAAAGGGCUGGAUGCCCUGGACUGCUUGGAUUCCCUGGAUAACGGAGUCCCACAGAGUCCUGUAGCUCCUGAGGAAGUUAGAGAGCCCACCACAGAACUGGAUCCUGACGAGAGAGGUCUCGAUGAGUUGCUGGAUGAACUGAACACCCGGGAGACGCUCUUUGAUCCAAGAGGUCUGAGUGGAGACGCUCCUAAAUUUAGCAGUAAAGUUUUGGAACAGCUCGACCCGCUUGAUGCUUUGGACUCCUUUCCUGCCUUGGAAAGUAUUGGAGCUGCUUCAGCACCUGAUCCUCACGACGGGGUUCUGGACUCCCUCUCGGAUUUCGGCUCAAAUGGUUUCCCGGAGUUUCACCUUCCUGCCCCUGUGCUCACACCAUCUCCAGAAAACCUCUGCAAAAAGAAAGAUGAAACCUUCAACCCUCUGUCCUCCACGCACGAGUUCCUACGGGCCUGCUCCACCUGUUUCCCUCGAGAAGGUGUAGGGAUAUACACGUUUGUUCACAAACCAGACCUGGUCCACAGCUGUAAGCGAGAUGUUCUGUUGUGCCGACGGAAGGAUGCCUUUUCCAAGGAGUGGACCAGGGUGCGGCGUCUCCCCUUCAAGGUUUCCUUCUCUGGCCCGUUUGUACUUUGUAAAGAGGUGCUGAAGUCGGAUUUGGGUCUGUGUAAAUACGGGGAGAACUGCACAUUCGCCUACAACCAGCUGGAGAUAGAUGUCUGGACAGAAGAGAGGAAGGGGACUCUGGACAGGAAUCUUCUGUUCGGGACAGAGGAUGGAAAACUGGAUCCUGUCAACAGCAUCAUCUACCUCCUGCGGGAAAACAAGGGGAUGUUCAUUUUCCUGUGUCAGGAGUGCUAUGACAACAAACCCAGGAUCAUCAGCAGACGCUCCAGUAAAAAAAAUGCUCUCUGCUCCAACCUGGAUUCUCCUCAUAACUUCAGUGCCAACAAAUGUUUGGUGUUUGUGGUGAGUAAGGUCACUGUGAACUACAAUAAGGUCCGCCCUCUCAGCGCCCUGUGCCAACUGGAUUUGUGCCGUCCAGCCAUCCGGUACGGCUGCCAGAGAGAAGACCUCUGUCGUCACGCCCACUCUGUCAUCGAGCUCAAAACCUGGAAGAUUCAGCGCUGCACAGGUAUUAGCUGUGAUGAGAUUGUGAAAAUAUCCAAAGAGUAUUACGAUAAACAGGAGCAACAUGCAAACAAGAACAAAGUGAACAGACUUUCUUCUGGAGGACGCCAGUCCAACGGAGGAGGAAAAGACACCAAGAGUCUGAAUAUGAGGAUGAAGUUUGUGUGUGCAUUGUGCUUGCGGGGGGGCCUCACCAGUGAGCCAGACAAAACCCUGAAAUACUGCAAGUCCAAGUCCAGACACGCGUGGACCAAAGACCAAAGAGUGCUGCUGGUGCUGUCCUCAGAGAGAAACAAAUGGGUUCAGGUCCGACCUCUGCCACACACCAAGAACUUCCCGUUCUACUACGAUAUGUGCGCUCAGAUCCUGGAAAAGAAGAAGUGUAACUAUACUGGUAACUGCACUUUUGCUCACAGCCAAGAGGAGAAGGAGAUGUGGAUGUACAUGAAGAAUAAUAACUUGCGGGACAUGCAGCAGGUUUAUGACAUGUGGCUGGCAUUAGCUGCACAAAGCAAGCAAGCAGAGGAGGCUCCAUCGGACCAUUCAAACUUUGAGGAGAGAUGCAUCAUCAUGCCAACCGACUAUGCCGACCAGCUGAGCGGCUUCCACUGCCGCCUGUGUGGGAAGCACAGCAACAGUCAGCGCCAGUGGCAGCAGCACAUUUCCUCUGAGAAGCACAAGGACCGAGUGUUCAGCUGCGAGGGAGAAGACGAGGCUCUAACGUGGCGCCACCGCUUCCCUGGAGUCCACUUAGAUAUCUGUCCCAAGUUGGAAGGAGGAUGUUCUGAUGGAAUGAGCUGCGACUUUGCCCACAGCGCAGAGGAGCUGCAGGAGUGGAUCGAGAGGCGUGAUUUCCUGCGUCAGAAGCUGGCCAAAGCCAGAGAAGACAUGCUCAUCAUGCCUGACGAGUUAGACUUUGGAAAAUUCAACUUUUUACUUCAGGAUUGAGAAAAUGACAACUUCCGAGUUAGCAAUUUUAAUUUUUCCAUGAUGUUUCAAACUUAAAGCAAAAUGCUCAUUUGAGUUGUGGAGUAUUUCCAGCAAACUGAAACUUGAAUAAUAAAGAAUGUGUCUUUCCCUCCUUGGAAAACAA